GUAUUUUCUCAUCUUGACUGUCUUUAGGGGAAAGCUGUUUACCAGAUUUUCUGUCUGUCUUCAUCUCCUUCUCCUCUCUCCUUCUCCAUCUGUUUCACAGGUAUUUGCACAGCUGAUAAGGCCCUUUAAAAUGAACAGAAAUGGAGCAAUUUCGAGAUAGAAGCUAUAGACUGAGGCAGCACGAAGGAACAUGGGACAAGCAUCGAAAUGGAGGAUGUAUUGUAGCAUAAGAUCAGAAAAGGACCGAAUUAAUGACUAUUUAAAAAUUGGCCUGAGUUCUAAGAUCUGUGAAUGCGACAAUAGCGCCUUCUUCAAAGGAUGGUCCAUCAAUGAAUCUGCAUUUGCAUGGAAACACAAGACUGUGACAAUGAAUCUCCAUUUUUAGAAAGACUGGUCUCUCAUCUCUGGCCAAAUGAAAGAAACUGGUCAUAUGCACCCCAAAUAUAAAAGUAGAACAAUAUCCAAGCUCACGACAUAACUGACGCGACCCUAUAUUCAAUUUCAAAGGACGUAUAUCAUUCUUCUUUGUCUUACUUUUGGUUUAACUCUGCUCCUUCUUGUUGUUCGACUCAUGGAAUCCACUGGCUGUUUGGACAAUUGCCCGUCCAAUCUGAGUAUUUAUGAAGCUGGCCAUAGGAACAGCUCCAAUUGGACUUCUCAGUUCAGUGGGGUGGAGAUGAUCCAGUCUUUUAAACCUCUGAUCAUCCCUUGCUACACGUUGGUUGUCCUUGUGGGCAUCGUUGGCAACUAUCUCCUCCUCUACGUCAUCUGUAAGACCAAGAAGAUGCACAACGUCACCAACUUCUUCAUCGGAAACCUGGCCUUUUCGGACAUGCUGAUGUGUGCCACCUGCGUACCUUUCACUCUGGCAUAUGCCUUCAACCCCCAGGGAUGGGUCUUUGGAAAGUUCCUCUGCUAUUUUGUCUUUCUGAUGCAGCCCAUGACGGUAUACGUGUCUGUUUUCACCCUCACGGCUAUUGCAGUGGACAGAUAUUACACCACCAUGCACUUUCUGAAGAAGCGCAUCUCCUUUGUGACCUGCGUGUACAUCAUUGGUGGCAUCUGGCUACUGUCCUGUGCUUUGGUUGCCCCCGCAAUUGCCCACACUUACCAUGUGGAGUUCCAAAAGGAAGGCUUUGCCAUCUGCGAGGAGUUCUGGAUGGCGGAGGAGAAAGAACGGCUGGCCUAUGCGUACAGCACCUUGGUCCUCACGUACAUCCUCCCGCUCUCGGCCGUGUCCCUCUCCUACAUCUGCAUCACCAUCAAGCUGAAGAACCGCAUUGUGCCGGGUCACCUGACGCAAAGCCAGACCGAGUUUGACCGCCUGAGGAAGAGAAAGAUCUUCCGCCUGCUCGUGCUGGUGGUUGCUGCGUUUGCCGUCUGCUGGCUCCCCAUCCAUGUCUUCAACAUCAUCCGCGACAUAGACAUCAACCUCAUCAACAAGGACUAUUUCCUUCUGAUCCAGCUGCUCUGCCACUGGUUUGCCAUGAGCUCCUCCUGCUGCAACCCCUUCCUCUACGCCUGGCUCCACGACCGAUUCCGAAACGGCCUGAAAGAGAUGUUCAGCUUCAAGCAGAAGGUCAUUCCCACCAACAAUUGUGUUGCAGUCAGUGUCAUGCUUUGAGACCUCAGACUUUCGGUGGCCAGAGGAUCAAUGGCUGAUGAGUAAUACGCAUUUCAUUGGUUAGAUCUGUGGGAACAAAAAUCCUUUUCAUCGACCCAUCCAGAUGUAAUUGG